AUGGACAGCAGACGGCGGGGCGUGCCAACACGACCCGCAUCCGUUGAAGAAAUGGCAUGCUGGGGCCACGCUGCAGACUCUUUGAAACAUCUAUCGAGCAUAUACACCAAAUCCAGUACUUCUGACGUUGUCUCACGCGUAAAUCGAUUAAUAAAUGCCUGGCCUGCUGACGAUACAUCAACCGGAGAGGGUCUGGGAACACUGAAAUCGUUGCAAACCAAGCUGAUUACAGGGUUGACUGACAUUUCUACCGCUUCUCAUAGCGAAGUGAGAGCUAUUGACGAUGCUUUGGAAAGUAUCGGCGUACUCAUAGCUUUGAGAAAAGCACCCGAGUCGGCUUUGCCCCCAGCAGAGAAGAGGAAGAGACCAAGAGCAUCUUCGCCUUCCGGGACGCCGGCUCCCACCCCCGCAACAGGUGUCCGCUCAAUGUCCAUUACUGUGCCUCCAAGGACUAGCUCUGUUGGUCCCACAGCACCACGUGACGCAAGGGCGAAAAAGGACUCAACACCUAAAAGCCAAGCUCUUUUGCCAGGACGUAAAGUUGCUUACCGUCCUCCCAAAGGCACAGAGACAGAAGAAGGCACUUGGAUAGUGGCUAUUGUCAGGCGUUGCCUCAGCCAUGAUAAACAAGGCGCAAGAUACGAAGUUCAAGAUGCCGAACCACAAGAAAAUGGACAGCCCGGACUGAAAUAUAUUGCCAACCCAAAAGCUAUGGUACCCCUUCCCGACCCAGAAGCGGCCCCAGGAAGUCCAGGUCAUCUAGGUGCUCACCCUACCUUCUCCGUUGGAGAUCCUGUGUUGGCACUGUAUCCAGACACCAGUUGUUUCUAUCGAGCUGAGGUUAUUUCAGUGCCCACUCCAGAUCGAUCGUCUCCCUCAACGAAAUAUGUUCCUGCAUACAAUGUAAAAUUCGAAGACGACGAUGACAUGAUUCAUUCGGUAUCGGCCUAUUGGGUUGUCCAGUUUCCUCAACACCUACUAUGA